AUGACUUCACCGGUCGCAACGCCCUCCGCAGCCGAAAUCACAAAACACCAUGUCUACGACCCGGCCGGCAUAGACCGCAUCGCCCGGCGACGACCGCGCACCAUCGAGAUCGUCGAGCCGGACCCCUCGUGGCCGGCGGCCUACGCCGAGGUCGAGGCCCGCAUCCGCGCCGCCCUCGGCGCAGACGGCCUCGUCUCCGUCAGCCACGUCGGCAGCACCAGCGUCGCCGGCCUGCCCGCCAAGCCCGUCAUCGACGUCGACCUCGUCGUGCCGGACCCGACGCGCGAGGACGCCUACGUGCCGCAGCUGGAGGCGGCGGGGUUCCUGUUCAUCCUGCGCGAGCCAAACUGGCACCAGCACCGCUUCUUCGGCCUCGAGACGCCCUACGCGAACCUGCACGUCUUCGGGCCAGGCUGCGCAGAGACGGUCCGGCACCGCAUCUUCCGCGACUGGAUCGCCUCCCACGAGGACGACCGCGCAAAGUACGUCGCCAUGAAGCGGGCGGCGGCGGCGGCGGCGCGCGAGGCCGGGGAGACGACGCAGGGGUAUAACGUGCGCAAGGAGCCGGUCGUGCGUGAGAUCCUCGAGCGGGCGUUUCGGGCGCAGGGCUUGUUGCCGCCGGAGUGA